UGCUGCGGAAUCAGCUGAAUUUCGAAAGAAGGCACUCCGAACCACUUGUUCUAAGUCAUUAACCAUGCUUACCGUCCAGCUUUCAGACGUAGAGAGUGUCAGCGAAGACCUUCGUAAAGUGACUAUCGACGCAACCCCCAAAUGGAAAGAAAUUCAGAAACUGAAAGCGGGGCCGACCCCUCAAGACCACAGGGGGAGUCUCCAGGUGGGCAGCGUGAGUGUUCUCAGUGAAGAUAGCAGGAGGUUGAGCCUCUUUGCUGAUGCCGAAUCCCAGCUGACCAAGAUGCUGAGCGUAGACUCUGCCGAUAUGGAAGAAGAGGAGAGAAAAGAUGUCCGGCCUGAGGAGGUGUUCACGGACAAAGCCCGUGCCGCAAUGGUGGUCAUCGGUACGAAGGACAUCAAAGAGGCAUUGGAUAGAAAGAAAGCUGUCGAAAUAUUCCGAAGAACUCCUGAAGCCAGAAGCGCAGCAAUCUUCUUUCAGCAAGCACGAUUUCUUGUACAUCAGAGCAGAUAUAAGGAAGCCAUUGUACUUAUAAACAAGGCACUCAAUGUGGACCCGGAGCGUAAGGAAUGGCUGACGGAAAAGAGCCUCUGUUGCUUUAAAAUGUUACAACCUGAACUUGCUCUGAAGCACGUAAACGAAGUCCUAACCCUGGAUCCAAAGUAUUUCCAAGCUUUGGUCCUGAAGGGGGAAAUCUUGUACUCGAUGUGGGAUCUGGAGCGGGCUAUGUUGUGUUUCGUGGAAGGAAGGCGUCUCCGGCCGGAUAGCACAGAAUGCAUUCAAGGAAUCCACAAAAUCAGAAUGGCUCUCGAUGAGAUUUCAGCCUAUAGAGAUGCGACUCUGAAUGGUAAACGAUUGAAGACGAAACAUAAAAGAAGCAAAUCAGCUAAAGAGAAGAGAAUUCCACUGUCGCCGAACAAAUCUACCCCCGAAAGUGCCACGAGUACUUCCAGUAGACAUUUAUUUUCUUCGAAAUUUUCUCAGCUAUCUGACAGAUCAUCUUGUAUAUCUUCCUAUGGGGAUGAAGAGGUAAAUCGACCUCGUUCGCAAAGACCAGUCACCGCCCAUGUGCGAAGAAGAGCGUACAAAACAACACUGGAACUUAGGAUGACGUCCACUUCAGAAGCAAAAACGACUUGUGAGACCGCUAGUCCUCACUCCAACAGGAGCCAAAUGUCAAGACCAAUGACAGCCUCUGUACGACAGAGCCAGCUUUCGGAAACCGUAAGUCAUCAGCCUGAAAAAAGUCGGAAAACAAGACCGAUGACAGCUAUCGGAAAACGAACCAAGUCGCCCACCAAACUUUCGGUUUCGAAAGACUGGCUGGAGAGUAUUGCAUACAAACUAGAGAAGGAUGCAUCACCCUCUCGCUCAGAAAAAUCAAAUUCCAGUUUUAAAAUAUCAAGUGGAGUUACGGACAGCAGUGAGUCCUCAAAAGAAGCUUCUAGGACGAGUCUUUCGAGUUCUGUGGAGGAUAUUUCAAGAGAAGUGGAUCGGAAGCCAGUCCGGAAAAGCAAGUCAGUCAGAAAUCGUCUGGCAGCUAAACUGAAAGCAGAGAAGGCGAAGCCAGUGAGUUGCAUUGGCCCCAAAAUCACGGCUUCCUUAGAGAAAGACAGGAUGUUUUUGGAGAGUAUAUUGAAAAACAAAGGACUAAGAAGAGCUAAGACUUCGUACACGAAGAAGACUCUGAGAAUUGCGAAAGAUCUACACAAAUUUGUGGCAGAACGCGAAGAAUUCUGGAAGAAUCGAGAAGGCUUCAUUCGAUUCGCUAAAGAGGAAGACGUGUUCAUUGCCUGAAUUCUUAUCAUCUGCAGCAUCAAGGGAGACUCGUGCAGUGCAGAAUUACUUAAUUUAAUUUUGCAUGCGAUAUCUGAAUCCAAAAACAAUCUAAUAGCAUUCUUUUUAUAAUUUUACUGAAAGAGAAAAACACACACAUAUAGUUACACUGAAAGAUAAAAAAAAGUUCGAACAAGGCUGAUUUUUGCUAAGUUUAAUAAAUCGUGUUCAUUCUGUUU